CUGGUAUCUCAGCUUAUCAGGUUCCUUGCCCCCCCUCCGCGGCUGAUAGCUUGAGCAGCUUCCUCGGAGUCGAGGACUGGGCUGUCGUAUCAAUUGAAUGACGAGAGCACUCCCUUUCCCCGCAGCCAGCAUGCAUUUAAUACACUGCGAUACCCCGCCUACUUCAGGGUCAAGAAUCAAGCCGCAUUGCUCUUCCGACAUCUUUAAGCCUCCGUGAGAACACUUUCCACAAUCGAGUGUUAUAGACGUCAUCAUGGGUAAACAAGAGAUCCGCUAUGCCGCAAAGGUGUCCCUGGACACACCACCACCAGAGCAAAAGGUGCUCCAUAACCGCUGGCACCCAGACAUCCCCUUUGCAGGCACCAUUAAGAACGGCGAAGUCGUGAAGAUCGAAUGUCUCGACUGGACCGGCGGCCAGAUCGGAAAUAACGACUCUGCAGAUGACGUCCGCGACGUCGAUCUUACUAAGAUCCAUUACUUGACCGGGCCUUUUGAGAUCGAGACCGCUGAGCCGGGCGAUGUGCUCGUAGUAGAGAUCCAAGAUGUGCAGCCGCUCCAGGAGCAACCGUGGGGAUUCACUGGUAUCUUCUCGAAGGAAAACGGUGGUGGCUUUCUCGACGAGAUAUAUCCGAAACCAGCGAAAGCCAUCUGGGACUUCGAAGGUAUCUUCUGCUCCUCGCGGCACAUCCCCGGCGUCCGCUUCGCCGGCCUCAUCCACCCCGGUAUCUUGGGGUGCGCGCCUUCGCCCGAGGUCCUGGAGACCUGGAACACGCGCGAAGCCGACCUUAUCUCCGCGUACAAAGACCACUACAAGCCCGUCGCGCAGCCCCCGGAGCCCCAGAACGUACAUGCCGGCACCGCGUCCGACGAGGUAAAGCAGAAAGUCGGUAAAGAGGGCGCGCGCACGAUUCCUGGCCGUCCUGAGCAUGGCGGAAACUGCGAUAUCAAGAACCUGAGCAGGGGCAGCAAGGUGUAUCUCCCUGUUCACGUCAAGGGCGCGAAGUUCAGCGUGGGAGAUCUGCAUUUCAGCCAGGGCGAUGGCGAAAUCUCCUUCUGCGGCGCCAUCGAAAUGGCGGGCGUCAUCACGCUCAAGUUUACCGUAAUGAAGGACGGCGUCGCGCAGCUCGGCAUGAAGUCCCCCAUCUACAUCCCUGGGCCAGUGGAGCCGCAGUUCGGACCCGGGCGCAUGCUGUACUUUGAGGGCUUUAGCGUUGACGAGCAUGGCAAGCAGCACUACCUUGAUGCAACCGUCGCCUACCGACAGACCUGUCUGCGCGUGAUUGAGUAUUUGAAGAGGUACGGGUAUGACGACUACCAGAUCUACCUCCUUCUUUCGUGCGCGCCGAUCCAGGGGCACAUUGCAGGUAUUGUGGAUGUGCCGAAUGCGUGCACGACGAUUGGGUUACCGAUGGAUAUUUUCGACUUUGAUAUCCGGCCUGAAACCAAGGCAGAGAAGAGGGAGUUGGGGAGCUGUGCGGUAGCGAGUAGUUAGGUUGCUAGCAGUAAGCGUUGAUCGAUAUGGGUGGUGUUGGUGGCAUAGUGCCGGAUUGUAUUGUGUUGUGCUUCCGUCAUGUGAUGGAGUGGGGGUAAGGGAGUAGUGGGUAUGGCAUGCUUGUGGUGUCAGGGGUACCUAUGCUUCGAUAGGUUUCCGUGGGAAGCUGGUGGGACUCUCCUCACACUGGAAUACACC